AUGGUCCAGGACUACAUUGCCUCGUCGCCGGUCCCAGCAAAGCCAGCACUAGCCGCUUCCUACCAGUUUGCCGCAAGUUCGGCCGAGUCACAGCCGAUAAUGCAGCGAGCAUAUGAGCGGACACCUACCUCGCCAAGUACUCCCACCUUUGUCCUGCCAGAGUCAAACCCGUUUGGUGGCGAGCAACUGGAAGCCAAGUCGAGCGAGCGCACGCUGCUAGGUGGUUGGAUGCGUGGCAUCGGCUCGCAAGCAAAGGGUGCCAAACCGCGUCCUUCCCUGCACAGGCCUUCCACGAUGCUUUCGGACGACACCAAGACCGACGUCGCAUCGCUCGCCUCGCAUGCGGAUGAAGAUGGCCUCAGGACCAGAAAGACAUCCCCGACAGCCUUUGGCGCAAUGUCCAAUCGCAGCCUGCUGGGAUUGCCUUCGCUCAGGUACAUGCUCUACACGCGCAAGGGUCGCAGAGACGUGGCAACCCACUUGCGAGCUUGGACGUCCCCCAAGUCUAUUCUGAUGCUUGUGCUCCUGCUGUUGAUUUCAGUGAGGAUACUGCUUGCACCGACGGCCCCCGUCGAUGUCGAUGUCAACGGCCGCAUAGCCAGUCACAAGGCCUCUGAAGCCGUCUUCCUCAACCACUGGAUCGACCACGUCAUUCACCACCCUGUGCGUGCCAGGGACAAGGCAGGCUUUGCAGAGAUGGGUCUGCGAACCGAAAUGUAUUCGCACAUGCUGCAUCACCCCACCCUGCCCAACUUUGAUCGCAUGGAAAGAGCCCUCUGGCCGUUUGUGCCCGGCAUCAACCAACUCAGGAGGUGGUGGCAAGCAUCCGUGCAGGCCAAGCCGAUGCAGUACUCGAGCGCUUCUGGUUCGAAGCUGGUCUCGCGUGCCUUUGGUCGUGGUCCCACCAUCAAGCCUGGAUCCCGGGGCAUCGUCAUGUCGCUCGGCAAGAAGGGAUCCGUGUUUGCCUCUCAAUUCAUCUCGAUCAUCCGCGAAAAGCACCACAACGACAUCCCCGUCGAAUUGUACUACUACGGCGACUCGGAUCUGCCCCCCAAGUACCGCGACUACCUCACCAAGGCGCACCGCAACGUGCGUUGCAUCGAUCUCCAAGCGCUCGGCCUGUUUGAUCCUGAGCUGGUCCAACUGGAACGUCAAGGUUUCGCCAUCAAGCCGUUUGCUGUGCUCGCUACCAACUUCACUGAAGUCAUGCUAGCCGAUGCCGAUGCCAUCAUGCUCGAGGACCCGAACCAUUUCUUCGAGGAGCCUGGCUACCUCGACACGGGCACACUGUUCUUCCAUGACCGCGAUCACGUGCGCAAAGGUGCCGACUAUGUUGUGCAGGAAUUCAUGAACAACCAGCUGGGCCAGCGUGGACCUUCGCCGCGACUGGCAUCGAGCGAGUUUUGGAAGAAGAAGGGCAUCUUUGAGCAAGAGUCGGGGAUCGUCGUCGUCGACAAGCGGAAGACCGACGUGUUUGCUGCCCUGCUCUUCACCGCAUGGCAGAACAUGGGCGAUAUCAGGAAGAAGACAACCUAUCGCGUAUGGUGGGGAGACAAGGAGUCGUUCUGGCUCGCAUUCGAGCUUUCGCAGUUCCCGUACUAUUUUGUGCCCCGGUACGCUCAGGCGAUCGGCACGACAAAGAUGGUGACCCGAGCCGAAAAGCUCAAACGAGCUGCCAAGGCCAAGGCCAAGGUGGAGAAGGCCAAAGCCGAGGAGAAAGCAAAGAAAGCCGGUGCCGCCAAGAAGAUCGUCAAGAGGGACGCUGCGAAAGUGGUCGAGUUCGACGAAGCCGGCGACGUCAUCCCGGCGGCCAAAGUGGAAAAGAAUCCCUUCAAACAAGGCGUCCAGCCCGGAGAGACCAAGCCCAAACUCGACGACAAGACGCUCAAGGACGCCAACCCGUCCGAAUCCGACCUCGAGGAGGAAGAGGAAUUCUGUUCUGAACACCCCCUGCACUUCCUUGGCGCCGACAAGGAGGACCACGACGGCGACGGUGUGCUCGACACCAUGACGCUCGGCCGCCCCGCCUGGUUCAACGGAGGCAUCCUCGAUGUCAAGACGCUCUCGGACGAUGUGUACAUCAACCCGAACGCCUUUACGCUGGACGGAGCGUGGGAGUUCCUGUUCGACGAGGAAACGUGGUGCAUCCGCAACUACACCAAAGGCGACAUUAACCAGUUUGACCUCAGUGAACGCAUCCAGGAGUUCUCGGCGAUCGCAAAGAGGGCAGAGGACAAGUUCAGAGCAAAAAUCCCCAAACCACCCAAGAAGAAGAGCAAGAAGGACAAGUAG